UCUUUGUCAAAGUCGUCUCCAGCUCGGAGCUCCUGGCAUCGUCUCGAGUUUCAGUUGUAAUCUUUCGCGGCGCCUAUGACCCUGACCUGGAAUGCAUUCUCUAAUGCCCCGAAGAGGAAGACCACAGUCCCUCCGACGUCUCCGUGGAGGCUCCACUGCAAGUAUAGUAUCAAGGCGGCCUCCAUUUCUGGGGGUGUUCAAAGGCUUAUGCCUAUAGGACCAGACUCGAGAAUCCCGCAAUGCGAAUGCCUCUGAGGCUUUCCCAACUUUUGUCUGGCAAGCCCACCGAUCCGACCGUCGAUCAAUGUACCGACUGCUGCUCAAAUACAAACAUGUUCCCCAGCGUCCCUCCAAUAGUCCGCGUAGCCUUGCGCCAUCGAAAGGCUCUCGGGGUUGGAGCAGGCCUUGUUGCUAUUCUUGUGCUUCUCUAUCACCAAAGUUCUCUACCCGACUCACCACAGCAAGUCUCGGUUGUUCAGGUCGACCCUAAAGGUUUCCCCAGGUUCUCGGAGAACCAAACUGGCGGCGACAUCAGCACGCCGCAGCUCUUGCUCAAUCCCUCUGCCGUCAUCACCCCCGGCUCGCCCCUUUUUUUGCCUGGCAGCCCGAGGCCACUCGGGGCCGCUUACACCAAGGCCGUGGUCAUCGCCCGCACCAAGAGCGAAGAGGUGACGUGGGCUAGCACGCCUCUGGAUACCGACGGCGGCGGGGGCGCCGUGGUUGAGGACUGGGCCAUGUACAUGUACACGACGGACGACCUCGGCGCGGCGGGCUUGCACACACCGCUGAACAAGGGCCGCGAGGCCAUGGCGUAUCUGACGUACAUGGUAGACCGGUACGCGGACCUUCCCGACAUCAGCGUGUUCAUGCACGCGCACCUGUCGUCGUGGCACGACAACAUGUUCGCUCUGGAUGCGGUGCAGACGCUGCGGCGGCUGAACCUGGACCGCGUCGUGCGCCUCGGCUUCAUGAACCUGCGCUGCGGCUGGGACCCGGGCUGCCCGGACCACAUCCACCCGCGCAACACCGAGUACGACGCCUUCAAGCCCGAGCAGGCCGUCUUCGCCGCCGCCUGGGCCGGCAUCUUCCCCCUCGACGACCUGCCCGACACCCUGUCCCAACCCUGCUGCGCCCAGUUCGCCCUGACCGCCGACCGCAUCAGAGCUUGGCCCCAGUCGCGCUACAUCGCCCUGCGCGACUGGAUCCUGACCACCGAGCUCGACGACUCCAUCAGCGGGAGGGUCUUUGAGUAUAUCUAUCAAAAUGCACUCAGACAUCUGGACCGGCGAGGCAAUCCAAUGCCCCGAAGAGCACGAGUGCUACUGCGACGGCUACGGCGUGUGUUUCGGCGGCAAAGACCAGUUCGCCGAAUUCAUGGGCCAGAGAAACCACCUGUUUGCGCUCCGCAAGCAGGUCGACGACUUUGCCAGCGACGAGUCCAACGUCUUCAGCGCCGACGACGUGUCAGCCCUCGUGAACCGGCUCGAGAGCGGCGAGACGCUCGACGAAGAGGAGCUUGCUAAGAAGACCAGGGAUUCCAUCAUUGAUAAAGGUGUCGAUGAUACAGGCCAAAGCGAAGCCGCCGAGGAGGAAGCGCUUAAAGAGAAUGCUCCUGCACCAGAAGAGUCGAAACCAGAUGAUGCCCUCGACACAACACCUACUUCGGAACAUGGAAACGGCAACGAUGACAGCCGAACCUCCCCUCCAAGUGACGAAAACAAGGAUGGAACGAAGAAGAUAGAGCAGCCACCUGACAGGAAACAAAACAAAGAGACUCAGACCGGGGAGACUGCAGU